UCGAUACCUAUACACUUCCACUAAAUGUUUGGUUAGGUAUCGUGCGUGCUGAAUAAUAAUUUUUCCUGUCUUUGAUCCUGUUUAGUGAACCAACCGUUAGCGAUGACGCGUUUUGCACGAGCAAAAGGAUCUAAUAAACGCAUCCCCGAAGAAGCAACAUCUUGGCAAGGCAUGAAACACGACAAAUCAUCCCCGACGAACAGCUCCGCCAAAGAAGAAUCCCUCAAUAAGAAGUCGGUUAACAGCAUUAAAAAGAAAUCCAAAAAGAAGGGCGAACAACUUUUCAAAGGGAGCUCAAAUAAAAUACUUCUCAACGGAAUCGAAAUUGAAUUGGCCUACUUUGACGGAUUUCCAAUAAAGAAAUCCGACGCGGACAGGUUAAAACAGUUAAAGAAAGACAUGAUUAGUAAAGGUAUAGCGCGUAACGAAAUUAACGUCGCGUUAAAAUUAGAGCGGCGGAGGGCGGAGAAAGCGUUAGCUAGGGAGAAAAAGAAAGUAUGCUUUAAUUGUCGUAAUGGCGGCCAUACACUUUCCGAGUGCCCCCAACUUCAAAGUAACUCAAACAUACCGCAAUUUCAAAGUGGCAUUUGUUUUAAAUGUGGUUCGACGGAACAUACACAUUUUGAGUGUAAAGUUACGAAAGGAGAACAUUUCCGAUUCGCUCAGUGCUUUAUAUGUGAAGAACAAGGGCAUAUUGCGAAGCAGUGUCCCAAUAAUGAUAACGGUAUUUAUCCGAAUGGAGGUGCGUGUAACGUAUGCGGGGAUGUUAACCAUUUCAAAAAAGAUUGUCCUUUACAUCAGGAGGGUAAAGCCGAAUCGAGAGUUGUUGCCGAUAAAAUAAACGAGGACAAUAUAGAAAGCCUGGAAGUUCGUCCCUCUAAAUCCACUGAAACGAAAAAGAUAAAAAAGAAAGUCGUUAAAUUUUAAGUCAUUCGUGUUCCAACAUUUUUAAACUUCAUUUGGUUAUAAUUAUUGUGUAUAAACAUUAAUUUUGUUGCAUUUUUUUGUGGUAUCUUGUUAUAAUUAAACAAUUAAAUCAAAAAAAUAUU